AUGGUGUACGAAGACGAACAGAGGAUAAAACGCGAGAUGUAUGACGCGCCGAACGAGGAGAUGAACGCGUUUCGGGAGAAUAAGUACGGGACGGUGACGUGCGAGACGGCGACGAGAAACGCCGAACGCGGACGACGAGGCGCGAGCGACGCGCGAGCGGCGAACGGGACGGCGGUGAAGACGAACGGGGCGUCCAAGGCGAGCGUCGCGGGGACGCCUGCGGUGGCGACGCCGAAGGAGGGUGGGGCGACCGCCGCGGGCAGGUCGGCGGCGAAGCAAAAGGACGCGGGCGCGAAGAAGAACCAUUCGUUGAUGUCGAUGUUCGCCAACGCGCCGAAGCCCAAGGCGAAGGCGGCGACGACGAGCGAAGCGCCGAAGCGCGCCGCGGUGGCGGAGGUGAAGAAAGAAAAGGCGCCGACGCCGAAGAAGAAGGCGCCAGCGAGCGCGGAGGCGGCGAUUUUAGCCGCCGAAGAGGAUGAGAGCGACGACGACGAUUCGGACGACGAAAUCGGCGGCGCGAAGCGCAAGCCGCGUAAAAAGCGCGCGAUUACGAUCGAGUCCGAAGACGAGGAGGAAGACGAGGAGGAAGACAUGGAAAUUGUCGACGAUGAACCCGAACCCGAACCGACGCCAAAAUCGACGCCCAAGAAGACGCCCAAGUCGACGCCCAAGAAGAAGACGCCCAAGUCGACGCCCAAGAAGACGCCGCCGUCUUCCAAGCGCAAGACGCCGUCGACGCCGAUCAACGACGAAAACGACGAGAACGCGUCAGAUGUCGCUCCAAGCGAACCGAACUCGCGCCCGCAAUCGGCGUCGAAGAAGCACAAGAAGGAAAAGCCGCUCUCGAAAAAGGCGUUACUGGCGCGACGAAUCAAGAAAACCGUCGAGGAGAUGGACGAAGAGACGGGCGAGGAAAUCAUGAGGACGUUUUUCGUCGACGAGUUCGACAACGAGCUCAACGAAGACGGCACUUACAAAGAUCCUGAUAACGUGAAGACGGCCACGGCGUGA